GACACGAGAAUCACGGCGUUCCCGCAACCAUCCCCCAAAAGCAAUCUCCACCUCCACCAGCUCUCUCACUCUCUCCCGAUGGACUCCACAACCAGCACCGACGAAAUCGCCUUCGACUCGCCCUUCUUCCGGAUCUACAAGGACGGUCGGGUCGAUCGAUUCCAGGGCACCGACACCGUCCCUCCCUCCCUCGACCCCCAAACCGGUGUCCAAUCCCAGGACGUCCGGUUCUCCUCCGACCCCGACCUCUCGGUCCGCCUUUUCCUACCCGGGUCCUCCGAUCCGGCCCGCAAACUCCCACUCCUCGUCUACUUCCAUGGCGGAGCCUUCUGCAUCGAGUCCCCCUUCUCCCCCAUCUACGCUAGGCACCUCAAUACCCUCGCCUCCGCUGCCGGAGUAGCCGCCGUCUCCGUCCACUACCGGUGGGCGCCGGAGCACCCCCUCCCCGCCGCCUAUGACGACGCGUGGGCCGCGGUCCGGUGGGUGGCCGCGCACGCCCUGGGAGAGAGAGGGGCCGUGGCCGAGUCGUGGCUCCGCGACCGCGCCGAUUUCGACCGGGUGUUCCUCGCCGGCGACAGCGCCGGGGCCAACAUCGCUCAGCACGUGGCCGCGAGGGCCGGCGUGGAGGGGCUUCCGGGACUGAGGAUCGUGGGCGUGGCUCUGGUGCACCCGUUCUUCAGGAACGACGGGCCGGAUAAGCUGAUGGAUUUCAUAUUCCCUUCGAGCUCGGGCGUGACGGACCCGCGGAUGAACCCGGCGUACGACCCGAACUUGGGGAGGAUGGCGGGGCAGAGGGCGCUAGUGUUCGUGGCGGAGAAGGACCAUCUGAGAGAGAGGGGGCGGUCGUACUACGAGGCGUUGAAGAAGAGUGGGUGGAAGGGGGUGGUGGAGAUCGUGGAGACCGAAGGAAGGGAUCACGUGUUUCACUUGUUCAAGCCAGAUUGUGACGAUGCCGCGGAACUGGUGAAAAAGUUUGCUUCUUUCUUGAAUCAGGACUCAGGAGGAGUGAGGCAGUGUCUGUAAUUUGUUGUCAAGCGUCUCCUUAUGAUCUUUGUCCGGUCAAUAAUAUGUCAUCAAUCAUCAGUUGACAUUCGUCGGAAAUGAGAAUUGUGACGAAGCUUUUUUAUGUUUUUGUGU